AUGAGAGGACAUAUGUUUUCCACGGCAGUGGUCACAGUACUGCUUGCCAGUGCGGAGGCGAUCACUCUGAAGCAGAAGUCGACAUCGAAUCGUUCGCCGAAAGUCGUACACCAGAAAGUCCACAAGCACCAUGUCGAGAACCCAGCCGAGCGAGAUCGAAGAAGAUUUCUGCACAAGCGACAGGCCGAGAAUGGAGUCGUCAAUGUACCGCUCUCGAACGAGCUGUUUCUGUACUACAUGGAGAUGACAGUCGGCACGCCACCACAGGAGUUCCAAGUCCAUGUCGAUACCGGAAGCAGUGAUCUCUGGCUCAACUAUGCGGGGAGCGAAUAUUGCGAAUUACCCUCUGAUCCGUGCAUUACUGGCACCUACAACGCGAACGAUUCGUCAACGUACGAGUACAUCAACAGCUUGUUCACGAUCCAGUAUGUCGAUGGUUCGGAUUCGGCCGGCGACUAUGUGCGAGACGAGGUACGGAUCAUGGACGGAGAGGUUGUGAUACCGUCGCAACAAUUUGGUGUGGGAUAUGCCUCUUCGACACCGGAUGGAAUUCUCGGGAUUGGGUAUGCUGCCAACGAGGUCCAGGUUGCGUAUGGUGGCGAGGAAUAUGCGAAUCUGCCCGUCAGCCUCCGGAACGAAAGCUAUAUCAACACUCUCGCCUACAGCUUCUGGCUAAACGACUUGAUGGCCGAGGAAGGCGAGCUCCUCUUCGGCGGCGUGGAUACCGCGAAGUAUCGUGGCGAGCUGGUCUCGCUGCCCAUCAUCCCCACUCGAGGCGUAUAUCGAGAGUUCACUAUCGAGCUCACUGCCGUCGGACUCAGCGGCGAUGCGGAGGAGUUCAGCGGCACGACGACCGAAGUCCAUCUCGACACUGGAGCCAGCUUGUCGUACCUCCCCGACGACACCACUCAAGCGAUCUGGGAGCACCUUGAUGCGGAUUACCUCGAGGAGUAUGGCGUUGCGAUUGCCGACUGCUCUCUCGCUGCGUCCGACGACACGAUCGACUUCCGCUUUUCUGAAGACGUGACGAUUCAGGUCUCGAUGCGCGAGAUGGUGAUUCCUCUAUCGACGGGACUGGGCUUGGAUGUUUGCUUCGUGGGUGUCUUGCCUGCGGCCAGAUCUCCUCUUAGCACUUCUGAUCGCCAAUAUCUCAUCCUCGGUGACACGUUCUUGAGAUCCGCGUACGUGGUGUAUGAUUUGGAGAAGAACGAGAUUUCUAUGGCGCAGACUCUUUUCAAUACCACCGAUUCGAAUGUUCUGGAGAUUGUGAAUGGGACUGAUCUGCCGAGUGGUACUGGA